AUGGUGGAACGGGUCAAGGAGUCACGACGAGCGCUUGAGGCUUGUCGAACCGAAGAGGAACGAGCGGAACAAGAACUAGCACGGAGGGAGUCGCUCUGUCAGAACCAGCGACAAGUACUGCAAAGCCUCGAGUUCAAAAGCUCCACGCUUGAACGUACGAAGGCGAAUUCCGGUCAGAUGCUCUCAGAAGCAAAAGAAACAGAAAGAGAGAUAAGUGAAGUGGAACGUAAAAUUGCCUCCACGAGCAAUAAUGCUGAGGCAUCGGCUCGCCUCCAGGAGAUCGAGCAAGCUCUUCGGAAACUGAUGAUAGAAAAAGGCGAGAAUCAGCGAGAAUUGGCACGAGCGUUGGAAUCUGUACAGAGGCUCAAUCAAGACAGUGGUGUCGCAACAGAGGCUGAAGUCCUCAGCCGCAAUGUUGAGAGUCUUCGAUUGACCAUGCAGAGGAUUAUAACCGAGAAUCCGGGGUUGGAUUCAACCAGCCCCCGAGACGCUGAACAAAUCCUGCACCGUUCUAUUGAAGCCGCUCGGGCUCAGAAGGACUCUGCGGGAGCCAAGCAGAAAGAAGCCAUUUCGACAAGGGCAGCUGCUUCGGCUAGAGUGGAGCUCGAGAGAGGGCAACUGAAGGACGCUGAAGACCAGCUGAGUAUCUACCAAGAGGCGGCGGAGCGAAGCGCCACGGACACUGUGGAAGAACUUCGUACCAAGCGAGGCCAAUGCGAAGGGGAACUCCGGGAGAAAGAGAGAUGUCGAGAAGAAGUCGUGCAGAAUAUCAGGCUGAAGUCUCUGCAGCGAGAGCUGUCGGAAUUUGAGCAGGAGGUAGAGACGCUGCAGCAGGAAUACGGUGUCGUUGACUUCGCGGGAAAAGCGAAGCAAGUUGAGGAUUUGCGAUCUGCAGUUCUGAGUCUGCGGGAGCAUAAGUCCAGGAUUGAGGGGAAGGUUUCUCAGCUAGUAGACCAGCAAAGAGCAGUUUCUCAUCAGCUCGAUAGUUCCCUUUACAAAAACAUCGACGACCGGCAUCGCUCCGCUCUGAUCCAGCAUGAAGUGUCUGCUAUGGCGACCCAGGAUCUCUCUCGCUAUCAUUCUGCGUUGGACAAGGCGCUCAUGAGAUACCACGUCUCCAAGAUGAUGGAGAUAAACCGAGUUAUCAGAGAGCUGUGGCAGCAGGUCUAUCGAGGCCGAGACAUUGACUAUAUAGCGAUUCGUUCCGACACUGAAGAUGGUGCCGCAAAUGUCACCAGUGCCACUAGGCUGCGAAGCUACAAUUACAGGGUUGUCAUGACGUGCCAAGGAGUCGAAGUUGACAUGAGAGGGAGAUGCUCAGCUGGACAACGAGUUCUUGCGUCUUUGAUAAUUCGUCUAGCGCUGGCCGAGAGUUUCUGCUGUAACUGUGGUAUUCUAGCACUGGAUGAACCGACGACGAAUUUGGAUUCCACCAACAUCGAAGGGCUGGCCGAUGCACUUGCUGAUUUGAUUGAGACCAGGCGAAACAGCUCCAACUUUCAACUGCUUCUCAUCACGCACGAUGAAGAAUUCGUGAGGAAGCUCGUGACCGGUCCGACUCAUCCGUGCGAUUACUAUUAUCGGGUUGCUAAAGAUAACGAGGGAUUCAGUUUUAUUAGACAGUGCAAUGUUAUAGAUCUACAAUGA